UCUGUCUCUCUGGUGAGCGCACACGGCCUAUAGUUUCCAGUUGCCAAACUGACUAGGAGAGGCAGGUCUGCCCCACACACUGACCUAGCUUUGUCUGGGGCCAAUGACCUCUCCAAAAAAAGAAAAAGAAAAAGAAAUUUUGGGGUGAUCUCUUGAAAGGUAGUAAGGAAAUAAAUCUUGAGAAGUUAUUUCCACCUUUGUUAUUUUAUGUUUUGUGAGUACUGCUGACAGAAGCUACUGAGAUUGGAUCCCUAUAUCAGUGAUGCCCUUCAGAAGAGACCAGGUGACCUUGUGGCCAACAUGGCCUAGGUGAUUGGAAGGCAAGGGCUCCUAAGAUUCCAUGACACCCCCCACAUUUUAAUUCUGUUAUAGCAACUGCAGGCUGUUACCUGGCACCCUGAGCCCUACCUCCCUCACUCCUGUUGGAGUUUGAGCAAGAGAUAGUAUCUCAGCUCUGAGCUCUGGCUCUUGAACCUCACUUUUGUGAUAAUAGUUCUCAAGUGUUGUGGAGUGUUGCUCAACUUCUUCACAAUAUCUCUGAUUCUGUCUCUUCUGCCACAAACAUCAAUAUGGCAGUAUCCAUCAGCCCAUUGUUUGACCCCAGGGCAGAAAGGAGUCUCUUAGAGGUCAAUCAGCAGUUGUGUUUCCAGCUAGCAAUGAGUGAACAGCAGUACCGAGAUCCAAAAGAGAAAUUGUCUACAGUGGAGGCUGCUGCCAACUCCCUGGCCAACCAGCUGCAGAAAUACAAUAACAUUCAGGACACCGAAGAAUACUGUGGGGAGAUUCAGGUCAACACUGGAGCCUGACCCCAAAGGCUGACAGAAGUGAGAG